AGACACACCUUCAUCUGGAGGAGCGCCGCACCUCCGUGUAGCUCCAGAUUAGUUUCCCUGGAUGUCAGCUGAGGGCGAUAGAGGGAGGUGCCCCCCCACCCCUCCUCCUCCUCCUCUUCUUCCCGGUUCUCGAGAUUUCCCCUCAGUCCACAAUAAACUUUCAUUUUGGAAAGUCGACACACACUUACACACGUACACACACUGAGCCACGGUCGUCAUCUUGUCCUUUUCCUUUGGAGAGGUUUUGUUCUUUCUGCAACGCGCGAAGGGAAGGAAGCAAAAAAUAAAGGAAGCGCACAGGUGGAGCUCUGCGGAGCGUCUCUCUCUCUCUCUUUUUUUAUUUUUUUUUUUAUUUUUAAACUGGUGUCACCUCCUGGAAGGAGAUGUCUCGGGGAGAAGAGGAGUCAAGACAAUGACACAGAGCAACAUUUUCAGUCUCGGUUAAUCACGCUCUGUUUUUAGAAUUUUUUUUUAUUUGAUUUUUUUUUUUUUUAUUAUUUUAUUUGUCCGGCAACUCCUUGCGCGACCCUCUUGGAACACCUGGGAUGGAAAAACUUUAUCUGCCUCCUCUGGACUGUAGUGAAAAAACUCCCAAGAAAGAAUGAAGUAACCGCUAUGGAGCCGGACAAUGCCCCGCACUCCAAACUCAAAUCCACUGGAGUCGGGGGGAGAGUUCUGAUUCUUUGGACUAUACUCUGUUGCACCUGCUCUCUAAGGCUGGCACAAGCACAAGAUGUGGAUAUCCUGCAGCAGCUUGGGCUUUCCGGGCGAAGGGCAGGCGGGUCUUCAGGCGUUCGAGCCGUCCCUAAUGGCGUCAUCCCCUUCAAAUCCGGUGUUAUCUUCACCCCCAGGGCACGUAUCCAGGUGCCUCUGCGCACUGUCCUCCCUCCUGCCUACAACACCACCAGUCUGUCCCUGAUCCUCAGCCUCUCGGUCCAUCGCACCAACAGCGCCUUUCUUUUCUCAAUUCUGUCCAAGAGAAGAAAGGUGCAGCUCGGGGUGCAGUUCGUUCCGGGGAAGGUCCUUGUUCACGUGGGGCAGAGGAACUCUGUCAGCUUUGACUAUGACGUCUACGAUGGCCGGUGGCACAGUCUGGCUUUGGAUAUCCGAAGCAACCAGGUACUUUUACACACCUCUUGCGGUACGAAAAGCAUACGUGCAGAUAUGUUCCCCAAACAAGAGGAGGCCCUGGAUCCGGAGGGCUCUUUCCUGCUGGGCAAAAUGAACCACAACUCGGUGCCGUUUGAAGGCGCCGUCUGUCAGUUUGACAUUUACCCCUCUGCAGAGGCAGCUCAUAACUAUUGUGAUUACAUUAAGAAACAAUGCAGAGAAGCUGACACGUAUCGGCCUGUGUUUCCACCCCUGCUACCUCUAUUUUCCAUGGACCCAAACAUCACUGUCACUCACGUAACUCCGCUGUCAUUGACGGAGACUUCCAAGAAGGCCCAGGCGCCUACUGUGGCCCUGACUGGGGAAAAUACAAGGACUAAAAGUAAUGUUCCAUCACUGACGCUGAACAAAACCUCUUUGUAUCAGACCAGCAUCACCCCACAACCUGGUUCUGUUUCUGUUUCUCCACCGGUACACCCAGGGUUGGAAAGCCCGUCUCAAUUUCCAACUCCAACUGUUACAGCGUCUCUAAGGAUCAGAGGGACUCCGCCAAACCCAAAACCGACUUCAUUCACCAGAGAGAACACAAAGCAAGGGGAUGACAACGCUCCAGAACCUUCUGGGAACAGUAUGCAUUUACCUGUUUCCGCUAAACCAUCGGACAUGAAGCCAAACCUCCAGACCACAGCUGUAUCACCACAGGGGUCUCCUUCAAAUUCUUACUCUCCCAAUAAAGAGCAAGUAACCGUGGUAGCUCACAAGAAACCGGAACCAAAAGUGACCAGCAUCCAGGAUGUCAAACCCACCUGGUUCAUUCCAGUCACUCCAGCCGCAACAGAUGGUUUCCAAACAUUUGACCUGGAACCGACCCAGUUCUCACUGCUAGUUGGACCACCUGGACCAAAGGGAGAACCAGGGCCGCCGGGACUUCAAGGACUUCCAGGGUUGCCAGGAAAGCCAGGCAAGAGGGGUCCACGGGGUCCUCCUGGCCCACAUGGAAACCCUGGUCGUCCUGGACCACCUGGAGUGAAGGGACAAAAAGGAGACCCUGGAUUGUCCCCCGGUCCAGCCCCAAAAGGACAGAAAGGAGAGCCUGGUGUCGUUGGCCCUCCUGGACUGCCUGGCCCGAAUGGACGAAAGGGACAAAAAGGUCACCCCGGUCCCGCUGGUCUCCCAGGUGAACCCGGUGAACGGGGAGAUGAUGGAAGCCCUGGGGCCAAAGGCUAUCCUGGCAGGCAGGGUUUACCUGGACCUGUAGGAAGGAUGGGGCCAAAAGGAGUCAGGGGUCACAUCGGCAUCCCCGGGCUUUUUGGCUUUCCUGGUCCUGAUGGCGAAAGAGGAGUUCCUGGCGUUCAUGGGAAGAAGGGCAAGAUGGGUAGGCCGGGGUUUCCUGGUGACUUUGGUGAGAGGGGACCUCCUGGCCCUGAUGGGAACCCAGGUGAACUGGGAGAUCCUGGCCCGUCUGGAGUCACCGGUCUCAUUGGAGACAUGGGCCCCGUUGGCAUCAUGGGUUCACCGGGACCACCAGGACUCAAGGGGGUCUCUGGAAACCCAGGGGAACCAGGACUGAAAGGUGAUAAGGGGGAUGUCGGCUUACCAGGACAGCAGGGGGAGUCUGGAUUUCAAGGGGACAAGGGCAGCCGUGGCUCACCUGGGUUGCCGGGUCCUCGUGGAAAACCAGGACCACAGGGCAAACCUGGUGAAAAGGGCCCCGUUGGUUUUCCUGGUCCUCCUGGCCCAGAGGGAUUUCCAGGUGACAUUGGCCCACCGGGACAAAAUGGCCCUGAAGGACCCAAGGGAAUCCAAGGGACUAGAGGUUUGCCGGGUCCGAGAGGAACACCUGGUCACCAGGGUGAUGAGGGACCAGUCGGACCAGCCGGACCUCCUGGACUCGAGGGCAGGCCUGGGAGGCAGGGAUUCCCUGGACUGACAGGCCCAGAUGGACUCAAGGGUGAGACCGGGAUGACUGGCGAGGUCGGAAAGCUUGGCGAGAGGGGACAGCCUGGUUUCAUCGGGCCCUUCGGAGAGAUGGGAAUCGCUGGAGAAAAGGGGGAUCGAGGGAAAACAGGCGUCCCGGGACCGCCGGGGGAACCGGGGCCGAUGGGUCACACUGGAAUACCUGGAGAAACCGGGCCCCCCGGACCACAGGGGAUCCCAGGGCCUCCUGGUUCACGGGGAUCCACUGGCAUCAGAGGGCCCAAAGGCAGGAGGGGUCCAAGAGGUGCUGAUGGCCCCAUGGGGGACAAAGGGUCCCCAGGAAUAAAGGGCCCCGAUGGUCCCCCGGGAAAGCUGGGCCUCCCUGGGGAGACGGGGAAGCUGGGCGAGCCAGGUGAAGCUGGUCCAAAGGGAUUUCCAGGUGUUCAGGGACCAUCAGGACCUCCAGGAGCCAAAGGAAUCGUAGGAGAGCCUGGACCGACGGGGCCUCAAGGAACGAUCGGGCCACUGGGGGAGAUGGGGCCAGAGGGGCCGCCGGGGAAGAGCGGGGAGAGAGGACCGCCUGGUGAACCCGGAGAGAAGGGUGACGUUGGUUUACCUGGUAACAGUGGGGAGCAGGGCCUCGCUGGCCAGAGAGGUGAGCCAGGCAUUGAUGGGGAGGCUGGACUGAGCGGACCUGACGGAGCCAAGGGUGAAAAGGGGGACGCCGGUCAAGACGGUGCCAAAGGAGAGAGGGGUGAAAUCGGUCAAAAAGGAAAGGAAGGACUGCCCGGGCCUCCCGGACUGGUCGGGGUGAGGGGUCAGGAGGGUAAACCCGGCAAAAUUGGGGAAAGAGGAAAGCCAGGAGAAAAGGGGAGCAAGGGUCACCAAGGUCACCUGGGUGAGGUCGGGCCAACCGGUGAGCGGGGAGAGCCGGGAUAUGUCGGACAGAAGGGAGCAAGGGGAACCGUCGGGCCGGUGGGCGCUCCAGGGAGAAUGGGCCAACAAGGAGACCCAGGCAUAUCAGGCUACCAGGGUCACACAGGACCACCGGGCCCACUGGGACCUCCAGGGCCAAAAGGUGAAAAGGGCGAGCAGGGAGACGACAGCAAGGUGGAAGGUCCUCAAGGUCCCCAAGGUGACAGAGGUCCCUCCGGAGACCGAGGAGAAAGAGGGGAACCCGGUGACCCUGGACACAUUGGUCAGAUUGGAGUGGACGGAGCAAGAGGAGCAGCCGGUGCCCCGGGGCAUCCUGGACAUCCUGGAUCAAAGGGACACGUGGGGCGGAAAGGAUCCAAAGGUGAUCAAGGUCAGAAAGGAAAAUCAGGGGCGAGAGGGGCAUCUGGUUCCAAAGGACCGCCGGGUCCAGAGGGGGCUUCUGGUCCACGUGGGGUCGUGGGCAGGGAAGGAUUUGAGGGUCCUCCUGGAAUAGACGGCCUUCCCGGUACAGACGGCCAUAGAGGCGUCAAGGGGGAGCAAGGAGGAGACGGAGACAUGGGCUCACUUGGAAAACCUGGGCUGAAGGGUAGGAAUGGUGUGACGGGGCUUCCAGGAAGUCAAGGAUCUUUUGGUCCGAAGGGCGAGAGGGGUCUACCAGGACAAACUGGCCCUGCAGGAAAAAGAGGCGCCAUUGGAGGGAUGGGACUGCCGGGAAAACAAGGCGAUCAGGGAACAAAAGGGCAACCUGGGGACGCUGGUGGCCAAGGAUUCCCAGGAGUGUUUGGUCUGUUUGGGCCAAAGGGACCUCCAGGAGACUUUGGCCCAGCGGGGAUUCAGGGACCAAAAGGACCACGUGGUUUGAUGGGUAUGGAGGGAGGUUUGGGCCCCGUAGGCAUCAUCGGCCCCAGCGGUCAUCCCGGACCCCAGGGUGACAAAGGAAGUCGGGGGGAGACGGGGUUGCAAGGACCACAUGGUUCUCCCGGCCCUCGUGGACCACCUGGACCUCCAGGUAUUUCAGGUUCUGCCCUUUCCCUUAGAAACGAAGCUCUUGGCACUGCCUUUCAAGUCCUCAUUGAUUCCCACGCUGCACUGAGACAUGAGAACUAUCAGAGCAUGGAGCUGCCCAUGUUGGACCAGGGCACCGAGAUCUUUAAGACCCUCCAGCACCUCAGCACCCUGAUCCAGAGUCUGAAGAACCCGCUGGGAACCCGCGACAACCCCGCACGGAUCUGCCGUGACCUCUACAACUGUGAGCAGAGGCUGCAUGAUGGCACUUACUGGAUCGAUCCAAACCUCGGCUGCUCUGCCGACACUGUUGAGGUGACGUGCAACUUCACUGGCGGAGGACAGACAUGCCUGAAACCCAUCACAGUUUCUAAGCUGGAGAUCGAAGUGGGUCGCAUCCAGAUGAACUUCAUCCACCUCCUGAGCACGGAGGCCGUGCAGCACAUCACCGUUCACUGCCUGAACGCGCCUGUGUGGGCGGCCGGACCCUCGCAGCGGCCUUCAUCCAGAGCGGUGGGCUUCAAGGCCUGGACGGGGGAGAGGAUAGAGGCGGGAGACCUGCUGGAGCCGCUCACACCCAGGGACGACUGCUGGAUCAAAGAUGGCCGCUGGCAUCAGACGAACUUCAUCUUCCACAGCCAGGACCCAAACUUGCUCCCUAUCGUGGAUGUGUACAACCUCCCAGCGCCGGAGCCCGGGGCCCGGUUUCACCUCGAGGUCGGACCUGUGUGCUUCUUAUAAAAGACCCCGUGGAGGGGGGGGGGGGCCGGGAAAACCCAGUAAAGUAUUGACUGCAUAGAAGAUCUUUGGACUUUUGGACAGGGGAGACAUUCUUUUCCUGUUUUCCGGAGCAACACUUCUCUACUGUCUCCAUAAAAUAUGCUUGGACUGCAGAAACAGAAAGGCGCCGGAUAAAGAAGACCCGUUGGUCCAGCACAGAUAAGACUUCUGGGACUAAUAGGACCAUGGAAACCGAGAAUAAGCUCCUUUUUUUUCCAGAGACUUGUUUGUGUGACGCAAGCUCCCGGAUGUCCGCGGGCAUCCUCAACUCCGCAAGGGACUGGCAGCUGUUGGUGGACAUGGAGCGACAACUUCAAAGUUCCCCAGUCACCAACCUCCCUAAGACCAGAUAUCGUUCUCCUCCUGUCCGAGUCCACCAAGCAGGCGGUUAUGUUGGAGUCAACAGCUCCUUGGGAAAACCGCUUCACCAAGUAUGAAGGGCUGGUUUAGCUUUUGCCAGCGAGCAGGCGGCACAGUAGCUAAGCAGCCAUCUGGUCUCAAGCUAGGGUCCGAUCACCCCUCCCGGCUGGAUCGCCCGGGGGAGGGCACAGGACGUUGAAAGACGCUCGAUUAAUCCAGGAACGUGACUCAAGACGCGCUCAGAUGCCACUUUCUGGAAGGAAACAGUAUGAACUUUGUCAGUUCCGUCGUAUCUCGGACCACGUUGUAUCAUAUUCCCUUCACGGUCCCUUCAAGACCUGUACAGACAUGUGGAUCAGCUCCAUCUACAAAAUUCACUUAACAAUUAUUUUCAUUUUUAGGAUUAUUUAUACAUGUAUAUGUACUGUAUAUUGUAAUAUAAAGUGCAAUAGUUAUUGUUUCACAGCCUUUAGUGAUCUACAGUACGGUAUCACUCAUUCAGGUACAGUGUGCCUCAGACACACGCUCUCUCCAGGUAUUUUUCUAUUUGAGCCUCUGCAAAGUGUCCACAGCUGAGACACGCCACGUUUUUUUUUCUUGUUUUUUUAAUAUCUUCACACAAACAACUGCUGUGAGCUGCUUCCCCAGACUUCCACAAGUGUGUCAUUACGCUACCUCGUCCUGCGCCUCUCAUCUUCCAGCGCUCGAGCUGCUGCCUGAUCUAAUCUGGGAUGACGCAGAGGUGACACCUGGUGCUCUGACGGUCGACACUCAAAAGUCCUGAAACUCUCUGCAAAGCUGCUCCUGAGUGCUUUAAAAGGGAAGACUGUAACACACACACCUUUCUUUAACUUAUAUUUUCAAGGUAUUAUUUUUUUUUUUUUUUUUCAAUAUUCUUUGUACGAGUCUCACGCUAUAAGUUAAGUUUGUUUUCUCGGAAUGUAAAUGUAUAAUUAUGCAACUUUUCAUGCAUCAGUGGGUUCUAUUUAAAUAUUAUUUAAAUUCUCAUUGGAAUUCCAGUUCAAAAACCAGGCAUCAAAGUUAUGUUUUCAGCACAUUGUCUUUUGGUCAUUUGGAGAUUUAGAAUAAAAUCUACUCAGAGGAUUUCACUCAAAAGAGAAACAAAACUACAAACCUCACAGUACAUGAGCUCAGACGUUUUAUGACGCGUGAUUGAAGUCUAACGGCUCGACAGGUAAUUCAAUAAAAGUCGAAAAACCUUUGUUGAUAAGCA